AUUUUUCCACCCAUAUUAUCUUGUGUUUACAAUAUAUUUAUUCUACCUGUUUACACAUGCAUAUUUAUCGGGCGAUUUGUCCGUUACUAAUUGGAUGUGUCCGGAUAAUGAUCCUUGAAGUGUCCAUAUCCGGAUUUAUAUUCUACGUCCGAUGAUUGGCCAUUGUAAUUUUUGCAUGUUUCGGGUGUUGAGAAAAGCGAGUCGCCAUGCCGCGAUGGCGACGGCAGCGCUGCAUCGGCCCUACGCCAUUGGCCAUCUUAGCAGAGCCUUCCCUGCAGUAUCAGUACACCAACUCCGCUUGAAUCACACGAUGAUGCCUCCGAUUUUAUCGACGCCAAUCGACUUGGAGUCCGAUUCGGACGACGACGAUGACGAAGAUGUCGAUGGCCUGUCCGAGGACAACUCGCACGGAUUCGCCAAUGACUUCAUCCCGCUCUUCCGCAACGAAGCUACUCCCAAGCGCGAAAAGAAGUUUCGAUUGUCGAAUAAGUAUACUCCAUGUCACGUCCAUGACUACUCGACCGGCAUGCGUAGGUUUGUCGACUCGUUCAAGGACGUACCGCCGCCGUUUGGGUUCAACGGACUCGGGGAACUCGUGUACAUGCGUACGUACUCUCGUGACAAAGCCGACGGUACCAAGGAGCAAUGGUACGAGACCGUGGAGCGCGUCGUCAACGGCACAUACAACAUGCAAAAGCAUUGGCUAGAACACCGAGGACUCGGGUGGAACGGCCGCGAAGCCCACCGCAGCGCGCGGGAGAUGUACCGCCGCAUCUUUGCCAUGAAGUUUUUACCCCCUGGUCGGGGGCUGUGGGCCAUGGGAUCCCCCAUCACCGAAGAGCGCAAGCUGUACGCUGCACUCAACAACUGCGCGUUCGUGUCGACGGAGGACGUGGACCGCCGGUUCAGCCCCGCCGAGCCGUUUUGCUUCCUCAUGGAUGCCGCCAUGCUCGGGGUUGGCGUCGGUUUUGACACCAAGGGCGCGGGCAAGAUCAUGGUCAAGGGGCCCAAGCACGGCGGUACGGUCGAGAUGGUGCACAUUGCCGACAGCCGAGAAGGAUGGGUGGAAAGCCUGCGGAUGUUGCUGGAAGCGUACUUUCUGCACCGCCCCGUCCCCGUGUUUGACUACUCGCAGAUCCGUCCCGCGGGGAUGGCGAUCAAGGGAUUUGGGGGCAUCAGCUCUGGUCCUGACUCGCUCCAAGCCAUGCACCGCACCAUCAUGGCCACAUUGGACCCGCUGGUCGGGCGCCCCAUGACGGUGCGGGGUAUCGUCGACAUCAUGAACCAUAUUGGCGUGUGUGUCGUGAGCGGAAACGUCCGACGCACGGCCGAGAUUGCGUUUGGAGACGCCCAUGACCCGGCGUACGUUGCGCUCAAGGACUACACGCAGCAUCCAGAUCGCGCGGCGUACGGGUGGACGUCCAACAACUCUGUGUUUGCGUCGCUUGGCAUGGAUUACGCGCCGAUUUGCAAGCAGAUUGUUCAGAACGGCGAGCCUGGGUUUGCGUGGCUGCAAAAUAUGCAAGAGUACAGUCGCAUGGACGGAGUCCCAGACCAUCGCGAUGCGCGGGCGGCAGGCGGCAACCCGUGCUUGGAGCAAACCCUCGAGUCAUACGAACUGUGCUGUUUGGUCGAAACGUUUCCAGCCAAUCACGCGUCGUUGGACGAGUACAAAGAAACGCUGCGGUACGCGUACUUGUAUGCAAAGACUGUGACGUUGGGCCAAACCCACUGGCCGAUUACGAAUCGAGUGAUGCUGCGAAAUCGACGCAUCGGGUGCAGCAUGAGUGGCAUUGCGCAGUUUAUUACCCAGCGGGGCCUGCAUGAGCUCAAGGACUGGUGCAUGCAAGGAUACGAUGCCAUUCAAGCAUACGACAAGACGUACUCGGACUUUUUGGCCAUCCCGCGCUCCAUCAAGACGACCAGCAUCAAGCCGAGUGGGACGGUGAGUCUGCUGGCAGGAGCGACCCCGGGCAUGCAUUACCCAGAGAGCCGGUUUUACAUUCGACGCGUACGGCUGGACCGGGGGUCGGAGCUGCUGCCGGCGCUGAGGGCCGCAGGGUACUAUACCCCCCCCUAGCGAUGAUCGAUCGACCCCCCCCCUUUCCCCCGUUGGAACUGGAUGCUCACUUUGGCGAUGUUAGGUACCACUUGGAACCGGCGGCGGAAGCGCCCAAUGAGACACUGGUGGUGUCGAUCCCCGUGGACGUGGGGGAGAACGUGCGGACGCUGUCGCAGCUGUCGGCGUGGGAACAGCUGAGCCUGGCGUCGUUUCUGCAGCGAUAUUGGGCCGACAACCAAGUAAGCUGCACGAUCACGUUCGAUCCGGUGCUGGAAGGGCCGCAGUUGGAGCAUGCGCUGGCGUACUUUCAGUACCAACUCAAGGGCGUGAGUCUCUUGCCCAAGGUGCCGUUGGGGGCGUACGCUCAAAUGCCAUACGAAGAGAUCUCGGAAGCGACAUACAAAUCCAUGGUAUCGGCCUUGUCCCCCGUGUCUUUCCGUGAGAUCAAGACACGGGGAGGGCCCGUGGAAGUACCCGACCGGUUCUGCGACUCGUCGUCGUGUGAAAUCAAAUAAGUAAAUAGAUAAGUCGUGAGUACGCAACCACGUAGUACAUACAAAUUGCCACGUCAUGUAUUGAAAUCGGGA